AUGCAGGAGUCUCCAGGUGCAGUCGGUGUGGAUGGCAGCUACACUAGUAAUGUUCCAGCCUUUCUAACUAAGCUGUGGACCCUGGUUGAGGACCCAGAUACCAACCACCUUAUCUGCUGGAGUGCUACUGGGACCAGUUUUCAUGUGUUUGACCAGGGUCGCUUUGCCAAGGAAGUUUUGCCAAAGUACUUUAAACACAACAACAUGGCAAGCUUCGUUCGGCAACUCAACAUGUGGAAUGGUUUUCGCAAGGUGGUGAACAUUGAGCAGAGCGGUCUGGUGAAACCUGAGAGAGACGACACAGAGUUCCAACACCUGUACUUCCUCCAGGGUCAUGAGCACAUGCUGGAACACAUCAAGAGAAAGGUGUCCAUAGUGAAGAGUGAAGAGACUAAAGUUCGUCAGGAGGACCUCAGCAAACUGCUGUAUGAAGUUCAGCUUCUUAGAACACAACAGGACAACAUGGAGUGUCAGAUGCAGGACAUGAAGCAGCAGAAUGAAGUGCUGUGGAGGGAGGUGGUGUCACUGAGGCAGAACCACACACAGCAACAGAAAGUCAUGAACAAGCUGAUUCAGUUUCUGUUCAGCCAGAUGCAGUCCAACACACCCGGCACUGUGGGCCUAAAGAGAAAGCUGCCUCUGAUGUUGGAUGAUGGCUCUCCCAGCCCCCCUGCCUCCAAAUUCAGCCAUAGCCACCAGAUGGAACCCAUCCACGAGCCCUUCUACAUCCAGUCGCCAUCCAGUGAUACCGCUUCCUGUUCUGCUGGUGGACUGGCGGGAGGACCAAUCAUAUCAGAUGUUACUGAUAUGUCUCAGGCCAGCAUGGCUCUUCAGAUGCAGCCUGAUGAGACCAGGGAGAAGGGCAUGAUGCUUAUCAAAGAGGAGCCUGUGAGUCCAGGGGUAAGAGGAGGAGGAAAAGGAGGCAGCGUAACAAGAGGAGAGGCUGUAGCGUUGACUUCCUCUUGUGAGGUGUGCUCGUCUGAACCUCCUGUCCUCCCUGUUGCAAUGGUCCAGUCUGUUCUGGAGGGGAGGGGCUCUGUGGCCUCCAUGGUGGAGAGGAGGAGUAAGAGGCCCAUUCUAGAGAGAGUGGAGGUUGCAGAUACAGUUGAGAAUGUGGAUAUGAGCCUGGAGGAGCUGCAGCAGCUGCUACUUAGGAGCCAUCAGCAAAAUGCUGUGGAAGCUGGGACCAGCGCUGUCAUAGAUCCUUUCAGCCUAAGCCUGCCUCUGACUGAGUGGAACUUCACAGAGAUGGAGUCCAACCUCAAAUCAUACAUGUUCCAGAACCAGGAAUCAGAAGUUUUUCCAGCUGCUGCCUGUGAGGAACAAUGAAUUUGUGCCGUGAAUAGUCCUUCCUGAAGCGAAAGGUCACAAGAAGCUGCUGUUACACUUUUUAUUCCACGAGUUUGAUCCCUAGGCCGUGUCAGGCUACUUCCUACACAUGACUUUAAUUUUUAUUGUUUAUACAUCCAC